UGCCUCUUGGCUCCCUCUGUGAACUCUCCUCUCUUACCAACUUGUACUCACUCAUUUUCUCCCUCUCUCUGGUUCUUUAGGGUUACUGUCGUCUUAUCGUAUUCUUGUUCAGAUCUGCUACUCUCCGCUUUGCAUGCCUGCCUAACGAGCCUCCUUAUUUAUUCAAAUGUCUACGAAUCUAACCAUCGACGACUCCUCGCCUGAUAUUAUUUAUUCGAGCAACUGGGCCAUACAAUCGUCUUCUGUCGACCCGAAUACAGAGCGCUUCUUCCAGUCAACGUACCAUAGUGCGCAAGCAGACGGCGCUUCCGCCAACCUCACUUUCAGCGGUACGAUCUCUAUUGCAAUUCACAUGUCCCCUCUCCCCGUUUCAUCAUUAUUUGGAUGAGUCGGUCACGUCGGCGUACUGAUGGGAGACGUGAUACAGGCUCUGCGAUCUAUCUAUAUGGCUCCAAGGGACCCGGGCAUGCAAAUUAUAGCAUACAAUUCGACAACUUCAUCAUCUUCUUUUCGGCCUCCGAUUCGCAGACGGAGUACCAGCAGCCGUUAUUCGGACAUACAUUCAACACGUCGGGAACCCACUUCGUGUCAUUUACGGCGCACCAUGAUGGAGCUAAUCAAUGGCUCGACCUUGAUUUUAUCACCAUCACAGUGAAUCAGACAGAUAGCAAUGCUACGGUCCCAUCACCAGCCGGUACAUCUUCACCUUCUCCAACAGCUUCUCCGACGAUUUCCCCACCUUGGGUGUCAGAAGCAUCAUCCUCGCUUUCGGCGACUACACUGUCUGCGGCGACCACAUCCCCUUCAACAUCGAACGGCUCGGGCGAAUCCUCGACAUCAAAGCUCACGCUUGUCCUUGCGGCUGUUUUCGGCGGUAUCAUCGCGGUUGCGUUGUUGCUCGCGCUCGGCUUAUGGUGUGUCCGCCGGAAUAGAGGCCGACCAGACGGUCGGCCUGCUUUGAGAGUCGGGACACCCGGUACGCGGAUGUUCUCGUCGUACAAGCCUCCACCGUCACCGCCGUCGUUCUUUGGUGGACCGAUGUCGCCCGCUUCGGCGGAUGUGUAUUCUGCACACUCACCCUCGUCGCGUACGGAUCCGUUCCAUCCCGAUUUAUUGCCCACGCCAGAUAGGGAUUCGCAUCCUAUGGCGCAACGGGUGCAUGGGCCUUUUGGUUUGGGCGAUGGUCGGCAUAGUCCGUUUAGCCUUCUAAGCCAGGGCGGGGCGACGGUCCUUACUGCUGGAAGUUCCGCGCAGCUACUCAACCCACAUCUACGCAAAACGGACGAACCACCAACACAUAAACAGUCCGAUUCGGAGGGUAGCAUGGGCAUCGCGGCGCGUAUCGGUCGUGCACGAAGUCCACUCCAGCGUUUCCGACGAUCUUCUGAUUUGCCUAUAUACAAGCAACACCGUGCACACGAGUCAGAAUCCGGUGUCAAUGCACUCAAGGUUGCCGCGGGUCUUGGACCAGGGACGAACACACAACCUAUAUCCGAGAAACCCGAAAACAGUUCUGAAGAUGUAGGUGAUGGGCAAGGUCAAGCUCCAGUUCCUGUGGAUACGCAAUACGAAUCUCCUCGACCCCCACCGCUGCCUCCUCUCGCUCCCUUACACGCCGCGCACCGCGCCGAGUCAGAUAUCUCAUCGAGUUCAACCUCCAGUCCACCGCGACGACCAAAACGCCCUGCAGACGGCUUAAUCGAUUUCAUUGGUAGUCAACUCGCGCACAGAUUAGAGAGGCGGGAAACAGCAAAGAAGAGGAGGGACGACGGGAACUCUGAACGGACUAAUUUCUUGAAGGUGUAGUUCUGCUUCUCCUAUACAAACUUAGAGACAGUAGGGUAUGAGUAGAAGAGAAGGGGUGGGAGAUGGACUUUUGCUGAGCCGCACUGCUUUGUUUGUCUUGUCCCGUCUUGUUCUGGCUGGUCUUCACACUUCUUGUGGAUGAUACGCAUUCAUUAUUGAGUAUGCUCUUUUUAUAUUAUAGUAUUUGUGCUUUUUUGUACGAUACCCCGACUCGGUUCGUAGCGUUUUGCCAUAAACAGCGGC